AAUCUGUGGAAUGAAUCAGUCGGCUACUACUGCAUGAAACGGUGGAGAACGCCGUGUUUCUGGCGGAGUGUGGUUGCGGCACUGGCUACCGCCCUCUGUGGCAUCGAUAAACAACAAGAUUUUGUUGCAUUAGCCAUCCCUGAUCCCUAAGCAGUCUAGAUUAUAGUUUGAGUUAUUAAUCAUCAAGAUUAUAGUUAAUUAGCCGAAAACGAUUUUCGAUUUCGGGUUUCGGAUUAGGGAUUCGUUUAGUGGUAAAGAAGAAGAAGCAGCUUUUCAUUCCUUUCUAAAAUCGAAUGAAGUUCUACCUUUCUGAUCAACAAUAAUAAUGUCAGAAAUUCUGUUUCUCAGAAUGGAAGAGCUGGGGCUAGGGCUUGUAUCACUGCUACGAGCAGCAUGGAUCAUUGCUACUUUACCGAUUCUUGUAGCCUGUUUGCCAUUGCCAGGGCUUGGCUGGUUUCGAAGAACUCUCUUAGGGUUUGCUAAAAGAGGAAAGAUUUUGCAAUCCAACUCUAAACUAACUGUGCCUCAGAGAUUCUUCUCUCACUUCUAUGUGGUGGCCAUUUUCUGGACAACAUUCUUGCUUAUUGCAGUGUGGUUUUAUGCAAUCAAGAUGCUUCCAUCACUAAUCGAGCAAGACCUCUUUUCUACCAUAACUAGUCACUUGACUGGAGGUUCACAUGCUUUCCCCUUGAAUAAAUCUUUGUCAACUAAAGAACAUGUGUACAACGUUUGGCUAUCUGUGUUUCUCCUUCUGCUAAUGGAAGCUCAAGUUUUGCGACGCUUCUAUGAGACAAUCUAUGUUUUUAACUACAGUCCUUCAGCUCGAAUGCACAUCUUUGGUUAUCUUGCUGGCUUAUUUUUCUAUACAGCAGCUCCACUUUCUCUAUGUUGCACUUUUGCACCUGAAGUGUUUGAUUUUGUGAAGAAUCUGGUGGCUGAGUUUAUUGUGAGAGGAAAAGAUCGCAUGUCAAGGCCUGAAUUUAACAUUUGGAUGUUUGUCACUCCUUUCUUGACACUUCGGUGGUAUUCAUGGAUUGGUGGAGCCAUUUUCUUAUGGGGUUGGAUACAUCAACUUCGUUGCCAUGAAAUUCUUGGUUCCUUGCGAGAGAAAACUGAAAAGCUUGAGGACUAUGUCAUUCCGUAUGGUGAUUGGUUUGAAUACGUCUCGUCUCCACAUUAUUCAGCUGAAAUUGUGAUCUAUGGUGGUCUUGUGGUGGCUAGUGGUGGUGGGGAUCUUUCUUUGUGGCUACUUUUCACAUUUGUGGUGGCAAAUCUUGUUUUUGCAGCAACCGAAACACAAAGAUGGUAUCGACAUAAAUUUGAUGAUUACCCUCGUAAUCGAUAUAUUAUUUUCCCUUUUGUUUAUUAGUGAAGGAUGAGAUGCUUGUGUAAACAUUAAACAUUAUUUUCAUAAAUUGAAAAAAUGGGGAUUUGCUGAUCACCCUUCCUUGAGUUGUACUUUACUUUACACAUGUUAUAUAUAUCUGGAUGGCUGCCAAUUAAAGUUAA